CCGGAAGUGAGCGCGGCAGGGACUUCCGGACACGUUAUGUUGAUGGUUGCAUCAGAAUCUGAGCAGAGAUCAGGAUGGCAGCGGCAGCCGGGGAGCAGGCUGUUCUCUACCAGUCUGUUCUGAACAUUAGUGAUGAGAAGGCCCGGCUGUCCGCCUUACACGACUUCCUCAGCUCUCGUAGUUACAUCCAGGGCUACACUUUUUCUCAGGCCGAUGUAGAGGUGUUCAGGCAGCUGGCGGCGCCCCCUCCUGAUCAUUACUUCCAUGUGGUGCGGUGGUACAGGCACAUAGCAGCAAUCUCAUCAGACCCUGCAAUGCAAAUCAGCUCACAUAACACACAGCCAUGCAAGGCGAAACGCACACAACCUCAGUGGUCAACCCCAAAAGCAAAAGAACAACCCCAGCUGCGCCUGUACAACAGUCUAACCCGCAACAAGGAAGUGUUUGUACCGCAGGAUGGAAAGAAAGUCACGUGGUAUUGCUGUGGACCAACGGUAUACGAUGCAUCGCACAUGGGACAUGCCAGGUCCUAUAUAUCCUUUGAUAUCCUCAGAAGAGUCUUGAAGGACUACUUUAAAUAUGACGUCUUUUACUGCAUCAACAUCACAGACAUUGAUGACAAGAUCAUUAAGCGGGCCAGACAGAACUUUUUAUUUCAGCAAUAUAAAGAGAGCCAGCCUGAGGCCGCCACUGUGCUCGCUGAUGUGAAGACUGCACUGACGCCAUUUUUAAUCAAGGUCCGUGAGACAGAGGAUCCGGAUAAGAAACAGAUGCUUGAAAAAAUCCAAAGCGCUGUAAUGGCCGCCAUCCACCCCCUUGAAGAAGCGAUCAGUAAGUCUGCAGGGGCGGAGGACGUUCAGAGGUUCGCACAGACGUUACUGCAGGAAUCUGCGGAUCUACUCUCCGACUGGCUGGACACAAAGAAGGGGGCAGAAGUGUCGGACAACUCCAUCUUCUCAGAGCUUCCCAAAUAUUGGGAAGGAGAAUAUCACAAAGACAUGGAAGCCCUGAAUGUUCUACCCCCAGAUGUUCUCACACGGGUCAGUGAGUACGUGCCAGAAAUCGUGCAGUUUGUGCAGAGAAUUGUGGACAAUGGCUACGGCUACGUGUCCAACGGGUCGGUUUACUUCAGCACAGCCAAGUUUCAUGCCAGCGACAAACAUUACUAUGCCAAGCUAGUGCCAGAAGCCGUAGGAGAUCAAAGAGCUCUUCAGGAGGGAGAAGGUGACCUGAGCAUCUCUGCAGAUCGGCUAAGUGACAAGCAGUCACCCAAUGACUUUGCCCUGUGGAAAGCAUCUAAGCCGGGAGAACCGUCAUGGGACUCUCCUUGGGGAAAGGGGCGCCCUGGUUGGCACAUUGAGUGCUCAGCGAUGGCCGGCUCCAUCCUGGGAGAAUCCAUGGACAUUCACGGAGGGGGGUUCGAUCUGCGUUUUCCCCAUCACGACAAUGAACUGGCUCAGUCUGAGGCGUACUUUGACAAUGACCACUGGGUGCGCUAUUUUCUCCACACCGGUCACCUGACCAUCGCCGGCUGCAAGAUGUCCAAAUCGCUGAAAAAUUUUAUUACUAUUAAAGACGCAUUGCAGAGAAAUACAGCGCGGCAGCUGCGUCUGGCGUUCCUCAUGCAUUCCUGGAAGGACACUCUGGAUUAUUCUAACAACACAAUGGAGUCGGCCGUCCAGUACGAGAAGUUCCUGAACGAAUUCUUUUUAAAUGUGAAGGAUCUUUUGAGGGCUCCUACAGACAUCACAGGUCAAUAUGUGAAGUGGGAAUCUCCGGAGAUUGAACUGAACAACAGCUUCUGUAACAAGAAGUCCGCUAUCCACGCUGCACUGUGUGACAACAUCGACACCCGGACCGUCAUGGAGGAAGUGCGGGCCCUGGUCAGUCAGUGCAACACGUACAUUGCGGGCAAAAAGGCGGCUAAACAGACCCCCAAUAGGAUGUUACUGGAGAGUAUCAGCACCUACCUGACCAGCAUGCUGAAAAUAUUUGGGGCUUUAGAGGGCAAGGAACCCAUCGGAUUCCCUGUUGGAGGAAGUGCACAAAAUCUUAAUCUGGAGUCUACAGUGAUGCCUUACCUUCAGGUGCUCUCCCAGUUCAGAGAAGGAGUACGACAGAUUGCCAGAGAGAACAAAGUGCUGGGCGUUCUGCAGCUAUGCGACUCGCUACGGGACGAUGUCCUGCCAGAGCUCGGUGUGCGACUGGAAGACCAUGAAGGACUUCCUACUGUGGUGAAACUUGUGGACAGAGAGACAUUACUGAAGGAGAAGGAGGAAAAGAAAAAGGCUGAAGAAGAGAAGAGGCAGAAAAAAGAAGAAGCUGCAAGAAAGAAACAGGAGCAGGAGGCUGCAAAACUUGCAAAGAUGAAGAUUUGUCCAAGUGAAAUGUUCAAGACGGAAAUUGACAAGUACUCAAAGUUUGAUGAAAAUGGAUUCCCAACCCACGAUACUGAAGGGAAGGAGCUGAGUAAAGGCCAAACCAAGAAACUCAGGAAAUUAUACGAAGCCCAAGAGAAGCUGUACAAAGAAUAUCUGCAGAUGGUUCAGAACGGCAGCACCUAGCGGAUAAAGCCGGCGACGGAAGUGAACAAACUGUAUUUAUUCCUGAGCGUUCCCCACGGGGGGCCCGUAAUGCUGUCCCACCGGCUUCCAGGAGGGCGUGACGGAUAAAUGUGUGGCUCUCUGUGGUCCUCGCGCUGCACCGGCCUGACUGUUAUCACUGUACAAUCAGCAGCUGUGGAUCCACCACUAGUUCUACAUCUCACCUGAUUAAAUCCUCUGUUACAUG